AUGGCGGUGGCCGUGGCCAUCAGCCUGCAGGCAGAGGAGGCCUCUGAGGUGGCUUCUGUCUCUCCGUGGGGGACCUGGCUCUCUCUAGGGAUUCUAAAGCUACUCUUCCUUUGCUUCUUUAGCAAUACCAAGAAGGAGGGCGACUUGAUGGCCGCCCAGGCCCGCCUCAAGGACCUGGAGGCCCUGCUCAACUCCAAGGAGGCCGCCCUGAGCACCGCGCUCAGCGAGAAGCGCACCCUGGAGGGCGAGCUCCAUGACCUGCGGGGCCAGGUGGCCAAGCUCGAGGCCGCCCUGGGUGAGGCCAAGAAACAGCUCCAGGACGAGAUGCUGCGGCGGGUGGACGCGGAGAACAGGCUGCAGACCCUGAAGGAGGAGCUGGACUUCCAGAAGAACAUCUACAGCGAGGAGCUGCGAGAGACCAAGCGCCGCCACGAGACCCGGCUGGUGGAGAUCGACAACGGCAAGCAGCGCGAGUUCGAGAGCCGGCUGGCGGACGCCCUGCAGGAGCUGCGGGCCCAGCACGAGGACCAGGUGGAGCAGUACAAGAAGGAGCUGGAGAAGACCUAUUCUGCCAAGCUGGAUAACGCCAGGCAGUCGGCCGAGAGGAACAGCAACCUGGUGGGGGCCGCGCACGAGGAGCUGCAGCAGUCUCGUAUCCGCAUCGACAGCCUGUCGGCCCAGCUCAGCCAGCUGCAGAAGCAGCUGGCCGCCAGGGAGGCGAAGCUGCGGGACCUGGAAGACUCGCUGGCCCGGGAGCGCGACACCAGCCGGCGGCUGCUGGCGGAGAAGGAGCGGGAGAUGGCGGAGAUGCGGGCGAGGAUGCAGCAGCAGCUGGACGAGUACCAGGAGCUGCUGGACAUCAAGCUGGCCCUGGACAUGGAGAUCCACGCCUACCGCAAGCUCCUGGAGGGCGAGGAGGAGAGGCUGCGCCUGUCCCCCAGCCCCACCUCGCAGCGCAGCCGCGGCCGCGCCUCCUCGCACUCCUCCCAGACGCAGGGCUCGGGCAGCGUCACCAAGAAGCGCAAGCUGGAGGCCGCCGAGAGCAGGAGCAGCUUCUCACAGCACGCUCGCACCAGCGGGCGCGUGGCGGUGGAGGAGGUGGACGAGGAGGGCAAGUUCGUGCGGCUGCGCAACAAGUCCAGUGAGGACCAAUCCAUGGGCAAUUGGCAGAUCAAGCGCCAGAAUGGAGAUGACCCCUUGCUGACCUACCGCUUCCCACCAAAGUUCACCCUGAAGGCCGGGCAGGUGGUGACGAUCUGGGCUGCAGGAGCCGGGGCCACCCACAGCCCCCCUACCGACCUGGUGUGGAAGGCACAGAACACCUGGGGCUGCGGGAACAGCCUGCGCACGGCUCUCAUCAACUCCACCGGGGAGGAGGUGGCCAUGCGCAAGCUGGUGCGCUCAGUGACCGUGGUCGAGGACGACGAGGACGAGGACGGAGACGAUCUGCUCCAUCACCACCAUGGCUCCCACUGCAGCAGCUCGGGGGACCCCGCCGAGUACAACCUGCGCUCACGCACCGUGCUGUGCGGGACGUGCGGGCAGCCUGCGGACAAGGCUUCCGCCAGCGGCUCGGGAGCCCAGGUGGGCGGAACCAUCUCCUCUGGCUCUUCCGCCUCCAGUGUCACGGUCACCCGAAGCUACCGCAGUGUGGGGGGCAGUGGGGGGAGCGGCUUCGGGGACAGCCUGGUCACGCGCUCCUACCUCCUGGGCAACUCCAGCCCUCGAACCCAGAGCCCCCAGAACUGCAGCAUCAUGUAAUCUGGGACCUGCCAGGCCCGGGUGAGGGUGGAGACCUCCUGAGUCCUCCUCACCUCAUGGCCACCCCCCGCCCUGCACCUCAGGGGAGGGGGCUUGAAGCCAAAGAAAAUACCCCUUUGGUUUUGUCUUCUAUGUUUCGUUUUUUUCUAAGAGAACUUAUUUUCUACAGUGGUUUUAUACUGAAGGAGAGACACAAGCAAAAAAAAAAAAAAAAAAAAAAAAAAAAGCUCUAUCUCCACCCCCGUCCUUUCCCUGCUUCCGGGAAACUCACAUCUGCCUUAAAACCAAAGAGGGCUUCCUCCAGAAGCCGAGGGAAAGGGAUGCUUUUUACAGAGCCUAGUUUCUGCUUCUGCGCCCUGCUGCUGCCCCCACCCCGGGGACCCCACGAACAUGGUGCCUGCGAGGCGGGUGUGGAGCCUUCUGGGCCGGCCUCCAAGGGAGAGGGGUGCUGAGCCGGGCCCCUCGGCCAGCCCCCUUCAGUCCACUACACCUGGCUGAGGCUCCUUGCCCACCCCGUCCCAGUCCCACCCCUGCCCCAGCCCCCGGGGGCGACUCAUUCUGCCAGGUACCAGCCGCACUUGCUUUUUCUGUAUUUUAUUUAGACAAGAGAUGGGAAUGAGGUGGGAAAGAGGGGAAGGAAGGUUCUUUGAGCCUGCCUCACCUGGAAGCCAGAAGGAAGGGCUCUGCCCUGUUACUGGAGGUCAAGGUCAAGUGGGUGCAGGGGAGCAGGGAGAGGGGAGGGUUCGAGGAAGGGUGGGAGCCUGCCGUGGCCCCACCCCGGAGGAGGAAGGUGACAAGCGGUGGAGGGUGUGCGUCUGUGGGUUUGCAAACACUAAAGAGCCCCUUGCCCCCCCUUUCCCAUCUGCACCCUUCUCUCUCCCCAAAUCAAUACACUAGUUGUUUCUAUCCCUG